CGAAGACCCCCGGCCGCAAGGCCCUCAAGAACCGCGCCGCGCUGCAGGAGAACGCGGUCUAUAGCGGCGCGAAGACCGUGCUAUCCAAGAAAAGCGCGCAGCACACCCCGUUUCAUCCUCAUGGCAAGAAACCGCUCAUGUCUGUGUCGGUGACUCGCCCCCUCAUGGACAAGACACCGUUUCCGAACCGCGUCGCGGGUGGGUCGAAGACGCCUGGGCUCAAACUAUCCAAGCUCGCGCUGCUCGUGCCUGAGCCAGAGGUGGGCGAGUCCCCGGACGCUGCGCCCCUCCUCCGCCCGUCCAGCACCCGCAAGAGCCUGCGCGGCCGGCUCAGUGGCACGUUCAAGACCCCGAUCACGAAGGGCGACCACUGGAAUGUGAGCCCGGGCGACAUGCAGCUGGAGCCCGCAGGCGGCGCGGAGGUCGAGGCGAGGGAACACGCCGCGGAGAUCUCCGACGCGGACGACGAGAUGGAAUACAUGCCGCCCUCUGCGAUUGAACGCGCCUACGAACCGCUGUUCGAACUUCCGGACUACACAAACAUGGGCGGGGCCCUGUUCAGGCUCGGGCACGCACCUCUCACGGACGACGCGCUGGACGUGUAUUAUGCGGCCGAUAUCGAGCAGCAAGUGGACGUAAGAGAGCUCGUCUUGGCCAGUGGCCCGACGCCUGGGUCUGCCAAGGGCGAGGAACUGGACUUGUCGGAACUCGAUGAUGACAGUCCGUUCGCUCGUAAACAGCCUAAGCCUUGUCCUGCACCGACCGGGGCCAAGGCGGCCGGGCCCUCUGCUCGGACUGUGGCCAAUCGGACCGCUCCCACUGGCGCAUCAACGCGAACGGUGCAGGGUCCGUCUCGACUCGGGGUGCCCCAAACGCGCGCGUCGUCCAGGACGACGGGGACCCCGAAUUCGACGCCCGUUCCCGUUGCAGGUCCUGCGCCCACACGGACGUCAGUCCUGAGAGCGGCGAAGGCGGCUGCGGCUUCGAACAGUGCGACCACGCCGCACCCCAUCCGAGCCGCGGGGAGCGUGAGCGCUGGGGCGCGCCCAGCCCCGGCGGCGCUGCCGCGGAGGCCGGCUACGAGCCUCGCGGCUACGAAGCCUCUUGUCCGCUCUGCGACCGUAUCUGGGCCGGCGAAGGCCGCUGGUGGAUCGGCGGUCGCGGCUCCGCGCACACGUACAACGGCUGGCGGCGGACGCGCGCGGUCGGCGACGUUUAUCGGGCCUGCGAGCGGGGGAAAGGGCCCGAGUGGUGCGAGGGUGGGCGUGGAGGACGACCCACUUGCCGCGAUGCUGGAGAGGGAUGCCGGGCAGGGCCCGGUGGAAGACUUCCUGUUCGAGCUCUGAGGGCGAGGAACGUGGGGGACUCGUGGUCCGUUCAUAUGAUGUCUUGGUAUGUCGCCUGAUACGAACUUGUACAAUUACGGUCGUUUGAGAUAUGUUAUCGAUAUGUAGGUCCGC